AUGUUCAUUGGGGAUGGAGCAAAACUUGUUCGUGAUGCUUUUCAGCUUGCAAAAGAAAAAUCUCCUUGUAUCAUUUUUAUAGAUGAAAUUGAUGCAAUUGGCACAAAGCGUUUUGAUAGUGAGGUUAGUGGGGAUAGAGAGGUCCAACGGACAAUGUUAGAAUUACUCAAUCAGCUUGAUGGAUUUAGUAGCGAUGACCGGAUAAAGGUGAUAGCAGCAACAAAUCGAGCUGAUAUUUUAGACCCUGCUCUCAUGCGAUCUGGUCGACUAGAUCGUAAAAUUGAGUUUCCCCAUCCCACGGAAGAGGCCAGAGCUCGAAUCUUGCAGAUCCAUUCCCGAAAAAUGAAUGUUCACCCAGAUGUUAAUUUUGAAGAGCUGGCUCGUUCCACGGACGAUUUUAAUGGUGCACAACUGAAAGCUGUUUGUGUGGAGGCAGGCAUGCUAGCUCUUCGCCGUGAUGCCACUGAGGUGAAUCACGAAGACUUCAAUGAAGGUAUCAUCCAAGUUCAGGCUAAGAAGAGAGCAAGCUUAAAUUACUACGCAUAG